CACAAAACAGCGUGGCCGGUGGCGGCGUUUGUUGCCUCAUUAAACUUAAUGAUCGCUAGCUCGGUUCAGUAUACGAAUACAAGUUCGCUAUCGCUAUCAGCCCGGCGACGGGCGCGGCGCGCGGCGUGCGGCGGCACGGUGGGCCUCGAGAUUACGCGAAGGAAAAUGAUGCCAACGAACGACAUCACAUACAGUUCGGUUGGUUGGGGGGUCAGUCAGCCGCGGACGCGGAGCCGCGAGAGACGCGGGUGUGGCGGUGCGCUUGCGCAGCACAUCGAUAAGUCGGCGCGUGCCCUUGCGCUUCUUUGUUUACUUGCUUUGUUUGUUUCGGAUGGUAGUCAGACACGGGCAGGUCAUGUCUCACACGGCCAUUAUUUACAACUGAGAUGGUGUGGGCUAGUGCGCGACCAGCUCAUUUGCGUGCGCAUUUUGUUGUUUCUUUUGUGUUAUUUCGGAGAUAAGUAGUGCAGUGUGGUUGUGAUAUGGAGUGGUUUAAGGGCCUGGCGGGGAGGGUGCGGAGGGAGCCUGGCUCGGAAGAUGAAGGACCGCAUUCCAGCUCGCCACUGUUGGAGACAGCCCAGGAGCGGCGCGAGCGCUGGCGCAGCGUGUACGUCAUUUACUUCACCAUGUUCCAGAUGUCGCUGGGCUUCAGCAUAGUGCUGACCGGCGUGUGGCCCUACCUGGACAAGUUGGAGCCGGGCGCGCGGAAGGAAGUGCUGGGGCUGGCAGUGGGUGCCCACCCGCUGGGCCAGCUGGUGUUCUCCCCACUGCUGGGGCUGUGGGCCAACCGUGCGGGCUCUGCGCGCGCGCCUCUCUUGGCCACGCUGGCGUUGUUCGUGCUGGCCAGCGUGCUGUACGCCGAGUUGCACCUCACGCGCCCCUACGCCAAGUACUGGAUGGUCUUCGCCAGAUUCCUCGUCGGCGUUAGCUCAGCCAACAUAGCGGUGGCGCGGUCGUACCUGUCGGCGGCGACGCUGGUGGGCGAGCGCACGCGGGCCGUGGCCGUGGUGUCGCUGGCGCAGGUGCUGGGCUUCGUGGUGGGCCCCGCGCUGCAGGCCGCCGUGGCUCCGCUGGGCCCCGGGCCGCCGUACGCGCCGCCUGGCGACUUCUCCUCGCCGCUCCGCCUCGACAUGUACACCGGCGCCGGGUGGAUCAACGCUGCGCUCGGCUUCAUUAACCUCUUACUCUUCCUACCCUGGUGCUUUAAGGAGAAGAAGAUUGCCGCCCGAGAAGCUAUGAUCGCGCAGGGAACAGACAACGAAAAAGAAGCUUUAAAAGCUCUGAAGCCUGAUUUGGUGAGCAGCUGGACGCUGGUCGCGGCAUUCUUCGUGCUGGUGUUCAACUUCGUGCUGCUGGAGACUCUGGCUACAGUACUGACCAUGGACCAGUUCGCGUGGACGAAGCGCCAGGCCCUCGAAUACAUGGGCGCUCUCAUGAGCGGCGGCGCCGUGCUGGCGUGCAUCACCUUCGCACUCAUCGGCCCGCUCACGCGGUUCUUUGAAGAGCGAGCGCUGCUUCUGUGGGGCGGAUUCUUGCUGACGGGCUUGGCGUCGGUGCUGUGCAUCCCGUGGGGGCCCGACCCGCCGCCGCUGGCCCCGGCCAACGCAACGGAGGCGGGCGGCGGCUGCCCGCAAGCCACGCAGCCGUGGUGCGCCACGUCUCGCGGCCUCACGCUGCCGCAGUUCCUUGCGGGAUACGCCUGCGUCUCCGUCGGGUACUCGCUGGGUGUCACACUCAUCCAGACCAUAUUCUCCAAGGUGCUGGGCCCCAGACCCCAGGUGAGUCGGUGUGUAAAUGUGGGCGCGGGCUGUCGGUUGUCGGCGUAUGAUGAAGGUAUAACUGUGGGCGUGCAGGGCGUGUGGCAGGGCGUGCUGACGGGCGCGGGCUGCCUGUCGCGCGCGCUGGGCCCCGUGUUCGUGGCGGCGGUGUACGCGCGGCACGGGCCGGUGGCCACGUUCGGCAGCACGGCGGCGCUGACGCUGGCGGCGCUGGCGGCGCUGCGCGCGGUGUCGGGCCGCCUGCAGGCGCCGGCCGCGCGCGCCCCGCCGCCCGCGCACGAGCUGCGCGCGCUGGCCCGGGACGACACGUGA